AUGGAUAAUGUUCAGAUAAAUGAAGACCUUGAUUCCUUUGGGAGUAUCGAUUCGUUAAAUGAAGAGCUAGAUAAUUUUAAAGAUCAUAAUAACACAUAUAGUAAAUACAGUGUUCUUUAUAAUAAGGAGGAUAACGAAUUAAGAGAAUUAAAUCGUUUCGAGAAUAUGUUUAAGGAGGCAAAUAUAUGUUUCACUUAUUUUGAGAAUAUACAGAAUAACUUAAAAAAAGUUAAUGAUUUAGACAAAAAUAGAAAAGAAAAAUUUUUAGAAAGUAGCAAAAUGACAAUCGAAAUUGCAGAUGAAAUUAGAAAAUUGAAAAAAGAAAAAUAUACUAUUAAGAAAAAAGAAAAAAUUUAUGACAAAAUAUUGAGGGAAUAUAGUUUGAGCCCCUUAUGCUACAACAACUUAACUGAUAUAAAAGUUUCAUUAAAUAUUUCUUUUUUUGAACAUUUAAAACAGUUUGAAUAUACCAAGGAAAAUAUAAUUAAAUUAUUAAAUGAAAAUUCAUCUGAUAAAAUAAGUAAAUUUUAUUCAAAACAUUACAAUAAAAUAUUGAAUAAGGUGUGCAAAAAAAUGUGUUUGUAUGUAAUAAGGGAGAACAGCAAAUAUUAUAAGAGGACAAACAAAAUUAUGAAUUUAUUAUUAUGUACCAUUUCUGAAGAAAGGGAAAAAAGAAGAAUAAUUAUAAAAAAUUGUGUAGAAAAUUUUUCCCCGCUAACAAAAUUGUGCUAUAAAAUUAUUAUAGAAAAUAUGGAAUAUUUUAAUAUAAGUUUAAGUAAUUUUCUGCAUUUUCGAAUAAAGUUAUUAAAAAAAAAUUACAACGAUUUGAUUGUUAGACAUUAUAAAGCAAUGAUAAAGAACAAAUUGUUAGGAGAGUUCCACACUACGGAUGCUUCUAUACAUAUAUUUAAAAUUUUUUUCUCAACUAUUUAUUACUUGAUAGCAUUAGAAGAUUACUUCUUUAAAAUUCUGUUAUUAUUCAAUUUUUAUUAUACUAACUUAACAGUGCCAUACAUAAGUGCACAUGUGGAAAAUAUGCAUAAUAACUUAUACUCCAUAGUUGAUUCUUUGUAUAUUGCUUACUAUAAUUUUCUUGAAACAAAUCUAAAUACGUAUCCUAAAAGUUAUGAAACAUGUUAUGAAUUAUUUCAUAUUGUAGAUAUCUUUAUUUUUAAAUUGAAACAGUUUCAAAACAAUUAUGAAACAGUACAAGACGUUAAGGACAUAAUAAGAAAAUAUUCCAGCAGUACUGUUCGAGGGAACUCCGAUUUGGACAAUAAUCAACAUGGUAUCGGAAAAUUACAAAAUGAAUCAACUUUGCUUGAAAAUUCAUUUUUAGAAAAUUAUCAAAUACAUCUUGGAAAUGAAGAAAAACGAAGAAGCAACAUAUUAUGUGACCUCUCUAGCAACAUUUUAAAUGGUAUCCAAAAAAAUAAUCCAACUACAAAUCAUACAAAUAAAACUAAUGAGGAAAAAAUAUCGAACAAAGUUGCAGUUAAUAAUUUAGACACGGAACAAGAUGAAAAUAUUCCAAAUGUUGAAAAUAUGGAAAAUAGGGAGAUGCUCUUAGAUAACCUAGUAAAUCAAGAAACACACGAUAAAAUGGGGAAUAUAAUCAGCAGAGCUCUUAGUAUGAAUAAUUCCACGAUUCAUGAGAAAGGUGAUGUGAUAAUGGGGGACGCGGAAUUUGUCCAUAGAAGUAGUAAAAGCGAGUUAGAAAAACGGAUUGGAGAAAAUUGCAGGAUUGUCGAAAAAUACAACUGCAAGCUAUUAAACUACACGCAAAAAAUUCAGAAGAAAAUAGAAAAUGAAUUCAUUGCAGCAUGGCAACAAGAAGUUGUAACGUUCUACCUAAAUAAGAUAACCAAAGAGGGAGAAUCCAAUAAUUUUGAUAAUACAUUGGCUUUGAUAAAAAAGAUUUUCAGUGCGUUAAAUAAUGUUUACAGUAUUUAUAAGAAAAGCGCCUUAUUCGGUUCGAUUAAUAAGGAACAAAAUUUCCAAAACGUACUUGAUAUAACAAUAAAUCCUCUAAUAAAUAAUUCUUUAAAAAAUAAAAAUCAUAAUUUAGAAAGUGAUUACAUAUCUAUUAUAAAUAUAUUUGUCUUUAUACAAGAAAAUGUAGCGAAAUAUGAAGACUCUUCAAAAUAUUGUGAUUUACUUGGUAUAAUUAUUCAAGAACAAAUUGAAAAAGUUUUGAAAUUAGAAAAUGCUAAUAUAAUAGCCUACUUAAAAUUAGACAAAAUUAAACAACAAAAGGAAAAUAAUAUAAACGAAAUAAAAGCUAUUUUAGAAAAAUUUUAUAAAUUCGCUUUUUCGGAAAAAAUCAAUAAUUUCCCAAUAGUAAGCAAAAUACAAUCGAAUGAUAUCAAAAAGGAUAUGCAGCUAUCAAUACUUAAUAAUGUUCAUAAGGAAUAUGUGCAUGUGUAUGAAAUGUAUUCAAGUAAAGUGCACAUGACUUAUUACCCAGAUCAAAUAAAAGACGUUCUUUUAAAAAAAUCCCAAGUUUUAUGA